AUGUUCACAUUAUUUGACAAUGAUCAAUCCAUUGAUAAUGUUGUUACUCGUGCUGAACAAUCUCGUGUAUCAUAUAACAUUCAAACAGAAGAAUUUCGGACUCUUAAUACCAAUCUUCAAACAUAUCUCAACGAGAUGAAAACUAUCGACGAUGAAAAUCGACAAUUGCAAGAAAGUAUUGAACAAAUUCGUAAAGAAUAUAUUGUAGCAUUAGAAACACAUCUCAAACUUUUACCCAAUGAUUUCCGAAAGCAGAGUCAAACAUUGAACGAAGCUCAUCUCGAACGCUACCGAUCGAAAACGCGUGCUAAGCGUUAUCUGAAAGAACGCGAUGAAUUGAAACGACGAAUUAGUUUCGUUGCUAGCAAUGAAAAAGAACAAACGAAACGGUUGAGUGUUCUCCAAAAACAAGAACGGACCGUUCGAAAUGAAUUUAAUAAGUUGAAUCAACAAAUCCAAAGUUUAUCGGCAUAUGUCGAAAAUGAAAAGCAAAAUUAUCAACAAGCGAUGGACAGAGUCGACAGUUUGCAAAUAAAUUUGGAACGGAUCUCCAUUGAACGUUCGAAAACUGAAUUUGAAAUUCAGACGUUGAAAGAAGAAGUGAAAUUAAUGCAAACAACGAAAGAAUUUCUCGACGAUGAACGUGAGACAAUGCUCGCUACACAAACCGAAGCAAAUGAAUAUCUCCUUUCUCGCUUGAGCGAGUCCAUCCAUCGUAUUCGAGAAGAUUUCGAUGAACUGAAUCGAACUCAGCUGAGACAAACGGAAAACGAAUACAAACAAAUGCUUCAGAUUCUUGAAGAAAGUUUGCAAACUAAUCAAACAGCAGAUGAAACCAACACACUACAACAAAGUGCAAAUCAAGGUGGCUAUGCACAACUUCAAGAUGAACAUCAAACUGUUCUACAAGAACUAAACACACUCAGCGAUCAUAACCAAACAUUAACUGAACGUGUUUUAGCAAUGGAAGCGGACUUUUAUCUGUUACGCGAUGAACGUCGACAGCAGAUAGCAUCGAAAGACAAUGAAGUAGAACGUAGCAAGCUGGAGUUGCAUACGUUGAAAGAAAAGUUGAACCAUCUGGCUGAAUAUGAUCAAAAUUUACAAUUUGAAUUAACACUCUAUCGCGGUGUUCUCGAAAGUGAAUAUCGACGAAAACAAUCGGGAAUUAGUACAAGUCAGUUAAUGAGGCCGACAUCAUUACGAAGCAAUAAUAAUGCAUUAACAGAUAGAACGGUGUGGUUAACAAGUCGUACAAAUCAGAGUAAAUUGAAUGAUCAACAGCAAGUUGAGAUUCUGACAAGUCGACAAAGAGUUUUAUCCGAUUAUGAUUCACUUCGUCAAGACAGUACUACUCGAACGAGCCCUUCUAAGUCAAAUGAAUCAUCGCCUACUGCGGAAAUUCGUGUACACGAACCAUCGCAGAAUGUCACAACUACAGUUGAUCUUUCUUAUGGCAAGCAGACCUCAGAAGAAGAUUCAUCAACUUCAGUGUCUUCUGAAGGACGAAAAUUAUCAUCGUCACGAACUUCUUCGACAAGCGCUGCAUUACAACAAUCGCCUACUUCAUCAAUACCGCUUCCGAUAUCACGAGAAGAACGGUUGGAAACUUCUCAACUUCAAUCAUCACCAACAAGUUUACCAUUUAUUCCGACACCGGAAGAACAAAUAUCUGAUAGUCACAUACAUUUUCCAGCAGUUCAAGAACAGCCGCCGCCAUCAUCACCGGCACGUACGUCUUCGAUAAGUUCAGGCGCGGUUCUGUCGGAUGUUCCAAAGCAUUUAUCUAUUGCCAGUAUCACAGCAACUCUAGAUCAAGACAUAGUGCCGUCCAAUACUUAUCAAGUAUCCGCAACGCCUCCCAAUGAACAACAACUACCAUCACGUAAAUCUUCAACCGUCACUACUUCACCUGUCGUAGAGCAGCAGUCAUCACGUCGCUCGUCGGCAGCAACUGGCGUUCUGAUUACGGCAGAGGAACAACCAGGAAAUCUAUCGUCGGCCGAAGAACAUCAACCAUCAUCGCGUUCAGCAUCGACAGGUUCAGGAAUAUGGCCCGAUGUUCAAGAGCGUACUUUCAUAAUUGGCAACUCGCCGAUCGUAGAUGUUGCUCAAUCAUCAUCUCGCAAAUCUUCAGUUGAUUCAACAGCGGCACCCAACGAUCAGAAACGUCCUUCUACAAUAGAUAUCUCACCGAAUGAGGAACAGCCAACCUCAGUACGGAGAUCUUCAUCAAUUUCAACUGUACCGCCUGAAACGCAACGACGUUUGUCUACUGCUAACAUUUCGACAACUUCUGAAUACCAACCAGCAUCGCGUACAUCAUCAGUAAGCUCGGGCAUGCCAUCCAGUGACCAAAGAAGAACGUCAGCGUCUGGUGUCGCGGCAGUUCCAGAACAGCCAACUGCAUCUAGUGUGAGUCAGUCGCCAUCGUCUCCUUCACAGGAAGAUCAACUCACAUCACGAGCAUCAUCUACAGCGCCAGAACUCUUCGCUAAUGCAGCUGAACAAACAAUCGUUGAACAGCAACCAUCAUCCCGCAAGUCAUCGGUACUCUCAGCAGCGGAAUCUGAUAGUCAAAGACGUACUUCUACAAGCGCUACUUCAGAAGUUGCCGAGCAGCAGUCAGUAAUCUCACUCAAUGAACCCCAACAUUCAUUGCGUACUUCCUCAAUCAGCUCAGCAGUCCCAUCAGAUACUACAAGGCACCCAUCUGAAACGAACACGUCAGCAGUUGUGGGACAGCAGUUACCAUCACGCAAAUCAUCAGAUGGUGAGAACAUACCAUUCGAUCUUCAGAGUGCUUCUACGACAGCUACAGCUCAAUUCCACGUCGAAGAAGGAAAACAACCUUUAUCUUCUUCACAUGAAUCUCCAUCUUCAUCACGUAAAUCAUCAAUGAUUCUCGAACACCAGUCGCGAUCACGCACGUCCUCGAGAAGUUCAGUAGCAACAUCUGAUGACCAUAGACGUUCGUCGACAGGAGAUACUACCGUGCAGCCAGAGCUACAACAACACUCUGCAACUCCCACAUCUGAACAUCAGUCCGCGUCUCGGAAGGCUUCAGUCGAUCCAACAACAUCUUCGGACUUACUACAAUCAAACGAACCUUCAACUACUGAAGGAGACGAAUUAGGAAAUAUUGCACAGCACCUUCCAAAAGCAGACAACGAAAUAGGUGACAAAACUAAUCAUGAAGAAAAAACAUUAUCCGCGAUUGACGAACAAUCAGUUCACCAUUCGAAUCCUGGUGAACGUCGUCUGUCUACACCUGCUACCGAACAUUCCUUAACGGAAGAAUAUGAAGUUUCUCUUGAUGCUGACAUGAAAGGAUCACGUACCCCAUCAUUUGACUCAAAAACUAUGCCGCAAGAAGAAAGAGAAGCAAGUCUUUCUCAACCGAACACAAAUAUUCCAUUAACUACUCAGGACAAUGAACCUCAAUCGUCACAACAGACUUACUCGUGCGAUGAAACGAAAAGAGAAGAAGAAGAAAGUAGUUCUUCUCUUGUUGAUAAGAAAGAGGAGGGUAAUCUCAUCGAUUAUGAUUCCUCAACUAAAGUUAGCGAUGCUCAAUUACCUGACGCUCAAUAUUUUACUUUACAAGAUACAAGCAAACGAUCAUCUCGCGAUUCUUCAUUAACCGAUGUUGAAACCACUCUUGACAAGCCGGAAAGUCGACCAAAUGAAGAUGAUGAUGAUCCGAAAUUAGCCGUCAUAGUUCAAGAACUUCGUUAUGUAUUCCAUGAAUUAGCUAACAAUGAAGAUCUAGUCGAAAUAGAUAAUGCUCUACCAGAUAAGUUAUUUGAUCGUCUUGAAUUUCGCGAUCAGCUUCUACGAACAUUAUUCGACGGUUUACUUCGAAAAUACCUUGUACAGGCAGCUGCACAAGGAAAUCGUUCUUCCACACUCGACUGGGUUGAAUUUCGUGAUAUUCUUUUUCCAAUGGUAUCUGGACGGUAUACCGAACAACACAUUCGCAAAUUAUUCAACCUGUUCGAUCUUAGCGGAGGCGGUCAUCUCUCCGUGCAAGAAAUUGCCGAAUUACUUGAAGUCCUUCAAGCUAACGACACAGUUCAUCUUGCACAGAAUAUUAUCGACAAAUACGACACCGAUCAUGAUGGUAAACUAAGUGCUGAUGAAUUGAUUGAAGCAAUCAAAAAGACUGACGACGUGAAUGAACAUGUUUUAGCAACAGAAACCGAAAAUCAGCAAUGGUUCAAUCAAUCACCAACCGAAAACCAGACGAUAACAUUAGAAGUACCCGUGAUUAACUUCCCAAAGAAACCCGAUGAGAAAUUCAGUCAAAGAAUAACUACACUUGGUGAAAUUUUCAAACGUCUCGGUGCUAGUUCGGAUAAGAAACAAUUGAAUAGUACCAAUGAAUACCUAUCCAUGAACAUGGCAAAUGAAUUUCUUAAUCAUCAUAUCAAUAUCUCCAACAGUGAUUUACAACAAUUCAUUCAAUCGUUUCUCGAUAAAAAACAACAACAAAAUGAUCCUUUGAUUGAUUGGACUGAAUUUCGCGAUACAUUCUUACCGAUUAUCGACAAUGGAUGUUAUACAGCGGACGAUCUCAAACGAUGGUUUAACAUUCUCGAUGUCAAUCAAAAUGUAGCUCUUACACGAGAACAACUUGGCCAUUUACUUCGUUUAUUACAAAUUCAGCAUGUCGAUGAAGUUAUCAAUAAAUUAAACGAAACGCGAGAAAAAAAUACGGAUAAUUCAUCGCCAUGGACACUCGACGAAUUAGACAUGUCUUUAGCUAAUGUCAAUGAAACAAGUUCGCUUUUUCUCUCGGACAAUGAACGAACUGAACAAAUUCAUUCAUUCAAUGUCGAUUGGCUUUCGAAUAACAUAUUCUAA